AUGGGGAACGCCAACUCGGCGAUGCUCGAGAACAUCGUGCAAGGGAGCAAUUUUGACCGAGAGGAAGUCGACAGGCUACGGAAACGAUUUAUGAAACUUGACAAGGACAAUUCCGGCACCAUUGAGCGCGAUGAGUUCCUCUCUCUACCUCAAGUGUCAAGCAAUCCACUAGCGACCCGUAUGAUCGCCAUAUUCGACGAGGACGGUGGCGGCGAUGUGGACUUCCAGGAAUUCGUCUCCGGUCUGAGCGCCUUCAGCUCAAAGGGUAACAAGGAGGAGAAGCUCCGCUUUGCCUUCAAAGUUUACGACAUUGACAGAGACGGUUACAUCAGCAAUGGCGAGCUGUUCAUUGUGCUGAAGAUGAUGGUCGGCAGCAACUUGAAGGAUCAGCAAUUGCAACAGAUUGUUGACAAGACGAUCAUGGAGGCCGAUCUGGAUCAUGAUGGCAAGAUCAGCUUUGAGGAGUUCACGAAGAUGGUAGAGAACACGGACGUAAGCAUGAGCAUGACUUUGGAUCAAUUCUAG